AUGGUUGAGUUAACAAUAAGGGAGGCUAGGGUACCCGAAUAUAUGAAACUUCAAUCACUUUCAACUCACUUGAUUAACGAGUUUUCUAACGAUGGUGACUUAAAAUCGUUGCCGGACACAUUACAAUGGCAGAAAAUAAUAUAUUUAGCAAACCAGGGAUAUUUAGGGAAGAAUCCGGUUAGUUUCAUGGAUGAAAGUCUUGAGUCUCAAGAAUAUCUGAGAAACUUGUUAGACAUUAGUUUGAUCUCUCAGGAAUAUGCAUACUUUGAGCUUGCCAACUCUAACAUCACUGGCAAUAACUUUAAUGGCAGCGGCAAGUCCCAUCCCCUCAACGGAGAUUCGGGUAGUUUACUGAAAUACUUGAAUCACGGAAAAAGCUCAACAAGUCUAUUGUCUUUAGAACGACAGGCACGUGAAAACGGUAUAGAUAUUGCUAAUAUCUCCCAUUCAGAUGGCGGCUACUACUUAUCUGGUAAUAUUAACUGGGGAUCCAUGGCAUCCCUGCAAAACGAUCAAUUUCUAAAUAGGGAUGUUUCUUUACCGUAUAAAUUAGAAAUGCCAAAGACAGAUGUAAAGCUUCUACUCACCGAAGAUGGCAAAGAAAUACGUACACCUUUUAUUGAAAAUACCGUUUUCAAUUUGUAUCCUCGGUCAAAUAACAAAGGUAAUGUUGUGACCAUACUGAUGGACUCGUAUGUUACCCCACUAUUGGGCAUCUUUUAUUACGAGAUUGAAAUCACAAGAGGCGCAAAUGAUCAAGAAGAUGUGGUUAUUGGGUUUGUCAAAGAUGAGAUUAAAAAUCUGUCGUAUCCUAGUUCUUCAAUGGUUGACAUGAGAGGUAGUGAUGAUCGUGCAGUUGGUUGGAAUGGUAGAAACGGUGUCCUGACCAUUUGGAAUGUCAAGCGGAUUGAAAAAACAACCUGUAAUUUUGGCUGUAACGAUGUCGUUGGUAUGGGAUAUAACUUAUACAACGAUUCAUUCUUUAUUACCAAGAAUGGUUAUAUGAUUUGCGAGUUAGGAUCGAUUGAAAUGUUUUUGGCAAAAAGCUUCGAAGGUAAAAAAAAUGUUAAAGGUUUAGUUCCCUCAAUAAGUUUAGGAUCUUACUCUGGUGCCCGUGUGAACUUAGGGAUUAGAAAAGAUGAUCCUGAAUUCAAAUUUGAUAUCUCAAAUUAUGUUAAACAAAAUAAACUGCAUUUUAUGGAUUCUCUCAAAAAAAAGAAUACCAAGCCAUUUAAACUGCCUGAUAACACACUUAUUAGUGAUAGUAUUGAUUCUGAUAAUGAUCUUACAACCUACAUCGAUGCGCUAGUUUUAGGAUAUUUGAAGUAUGGAGGUCAUGAAUCCAUUGUUCAGGCUUUAGAGGCGGAUCUAAAAGAUUUGCAAAGAAAGAUAUAUAUCCCCCCAAUUCAAGAAUCAAGCAACACCAGACUUGAAACCAAGACCCUGUUACAACUUUGUAGCCUUAAAAGAGACUUGAAGCAGAUGAUCAAAAACAAUGACUUUUAUGGGCUGAGGAAACGCUUGGAAAUAGAGUAUCCUGGGUUUUUAACUACUUAUAGAAAGAUUGACUUUCGUAUAAAAGUGGUUGAGUUGAUUUACUUCUUUACUACAGGUAAAUAUGAGAUUGAAAAAUGCAUCAGAUUGGCAUCGCAGUUACAAAUGUUAUUCAAGGAGGAGGAGUUUAAAUUUUAUGUUAACAGAAUAACUGUUUUGUUUUCUUUUAAAGAUCCAAUCAAUUCACCAUUGUUCAAGGAAUUGUAUUAUGGGAACAAAACUAAGAUCAAUCGAGCAUUAAUUAUGGCUAUUAAUGAGCAAAAUCGUUUACCAUUAGUUUCACCUUUAGAUACCGUGAUACUAAGCACUGACCAGAAUCUGGAGUCCAUGAAAGACGAUUCUAAUGGUGAAAAGUGGCCUUUGUUAAUCAACCUAUUAGAAGAUUAUAUAAUGUUUUAA